GUUUAUCAAAAUUGUUUAGGUAUGCUCUUAGAAUUCCUCUUGCUGAUUGGAAUUUCACUCUCCACAGCGUGUCCUUCGGAAUGCAGAUGUGCUGGUUUAGAUGUUCAUUGUGAAGGAAAAAAUCUUACCGCAAUUCCUGGACAUAUACCAAUUGCAACUACUAAUUUGUAUUUUUCAAAUAAUUUGCUUAACUCUCUAAGCAAAUCCAAUUUUCAAGCACUACCAAAUCUGCAAUAUCUCGAUUUAUCAAACAACUCCAUUCGAGAUAUUGAAGAGACGUUGCUAGACAGUUUUCCUGGAUUAAAAUACCUUGAUCUCUCCUGGAAUAAAAUUCGAUACGUUCCCAAGCUAUCAACAGCACCAAAUGCUCUUGUGAGCUUAAACCUGGUUCAUAAUGAAAUAUCAAGACUUGACAAUGAUUUGGUUUCUCAUAGUCCAUACAUGCAAACUUUUCUUAUUCAACGCAAUCGCAUUCAAUCUCUGCCUCAUGAUUUUUUCAAUUCAAGAAUGGUUCCCACUUUGAAAACAGUCAAAAUGGCAGGAAAUCCUUGGAGUUGUGAUUGCAGAAUGGUUAAUGUAAAACAAUUUGCUGAUUCUUUGUUUGCUCAUUCCAAUCAGAACAUAUUCAUUGUUGGCAAGUGCUUUUUCCCAAAAGGACUAAGGAACUAUGUCUUCAGAAAUCUUUCGAUAGAAAACCUGGAAUGUGAAAAGCCUGAAUACAGCAAAACUGAUGAUGGAAUGUUCAAAAUGAGCUGUCCAAAUAAUGAAAUGGAGGGUUAUCAUUAUGAUUCAAUAUUCUUAGAGAAUAAUAAGGAAGCCAGACACACAGCUCAUUUUGCGCGUGACAAGGAUGGUUCUCUUCUCUCGAAUGGACAAUUUACUAGAAACUAUCAAUGUGCAUUCUACCGUCAAAAGCAGUCAAUUCACAUGCAAAAGAAAAUGCAAGCUUCGUCAUCUACUGAACCACCAAUCACAACAACCACAAUGGAGCCCAUGACUACGUCAACUAUGGAUUCAAUGGAUACCACAGAAAGCGUCGUGACAAUGACUACAAUGCCAGAAAUAGAUACAAAGAUAGUAUUUGAACACAAACAGCUAGACACAACAUCCCGUGACGGUGAAACCUUGGAGCUUAAAUGCGAAGCAUCUGGAGAACCGACUCCGACUAUAACUUGGUUGUUUGAAAAACAAAAACUGACGGAGUCACGCAAACACAAACUUACCAAAAACGGAUCAGUUCUGAAAAUCUUCCCAUUUCUGAACACUGACAUUGGUCAGUACGAGUGUGUUGCCUCUAAUGGUGAAGAAUCUAAGUCUCAUAUUUUUUCUGUGUCUUUGAAAGAAAGUGAACAACCAGUUAUUAUUGAUGCACCGAUGGAUACUAAUGCAACUAUUGGACAACAAGUAACACUUCGUUGUAAUGCUAAAGGAUUUCCAGUUCCUGACGUCGUUUGGCUUUUUGAAGGAAUUCGAAUUCCACGUAGAAACACUAGAUACACGAUAUCUGAUAACAAUAUUGAAUUAACUAUUGAAAAAGUUACCCGCCACGACUCCGGUGUGUUUACCUGUCAAGCAGUAAAUAGUGUUGGCUCGGCAGUUGCCACCGCGAAUUUGCUAGUUGGUGCUGAAUUGACAGAAAAAGUUGAUAAACUCCUUGAUGACUCAACAAUUGAAAAAAUUGCAAAAGAAGCAAAACAGAAGGUGGAAAAAGCUUUGUCAUCAACAAAAGACCAACAAAGAAUGGAUAAGAUUGAAAGCCCAAAUGAUUUAAGUAAGCUUUUCAAAUUUGCAAUAAACCUUAAAAAGGUUGAUCUUGGAAAGGCACGAGAGAUCUAUGAAGAAAGCAUCCGAUUAGUUCAAAUGCACAUCGAUAAUGGACUUGCAUUCGAAUCUGCAAUGAUCUCCCCAAAUGUGUCCUACGAAGCCGUUCUGCCAGUAUCCUAUGUUCAGACGUUGAUGGAAAAAUCUGGUUGUCAAACUGGCCAAUUUGCAGAAAGUUGCGAAGAUCACUGCUUUUUCUCAAAAUACAGAUCAUAUGAUGGUCAGUGCAACAACCAUGAACAUCCGUGGUGGGGAGUUUCCGAGAUGGCAUUCAUGCGUCUGUUACCUCCAAGAUAUGAGAACGGAUUCAAUACACCAGUUGGCUGGGAAAAAGGAAAACGAUACAAUGGAUAUGAAGUGCCGAAUGCUCGGAAAGUGUCAAGAGUGCUAAUUGGAACAGAUGAAACUACGCCGCAUAGUCAUUUGAGUGCAAUGACUAUGCAAUGGGGGCAAUUUAUUGAUCACGAUCUCACACUCACUGCUCCAGCCCUCACCCGACACAGUUACAAGGAGGGAGCAUUCUGCAAUAGAACUUGCGAAAACGCAGAUCCGUGCUUUAACAUUCAACUGGAAGCUGAUGACCCAAAACUUCAUACUGGAUUGUAUCAAAAACAUCCUUGCAUGGAAUUCGAGCGGAAUGGAGCUGCGUGUGGAAGUGGAGAAACAUCGCCAAUUUUCCAACGAGUAACUUACCGCGAUCAAUUGAAUCUUCUAACAUCUUAUCUUGAUGCAUCCGGAAUUUAUGGAAACAGUGAAGAACAGGCUCUGGAACUGAGAGACUUGUACAGUGAUCAUGGACUUUUAAGAUUUGAUAUUGUUUCCGGAGCGAAUAAACCAUACAUGCCGUUUGAAAAAGAUUCCGACAUGGAUUGCCGUCGUAACUUUUCCCGCGAGAAUCCGAUCAAGUGUUUCCUUGCCGGAGAUGUCAGGGCCAAUGAACAGCUGGGUCUCAUGAGCAUGCACACCAUAUUCCUCAGAGAACACAACAGAAUUGCAUCGAGAUUGUUGGAAGUUAACGAAAACUGGGAUGGUGAAACUAUUUUCCAAGAAACUAGAAAGUUGAUUGGUGCUAUGCUGCAACACAUCACCUACAAUGCUUGGCUCCCCAAAAUUCUUGGAAAGGCAACAUAUAACACAAUAAUUGGAGAGUACAAAGGAUACAAUCCAGAUGUCAAUCCAACAAUUGCAAAUGAGUUUGCAACCGCAGCUUUGAGAUUCGCUCAUACUUUAAUCAAUACUCAUCUUUUCCGUUUCGAUAAGGACUUCAAAGAGACAAAACAGGGACAUUUACCUCUGCACAACGCUUUCUUUGCUCCGGAAAGACUAGUCUCUGAAGGUGGCGUUGAUCCAUUGCUACGUGGCCUGUUUGCUGCACCAAUUAAAAUGCCAAGACCCGAUCAAGUUCUCAACAAAGAAUUGACAGAAAAAUUGUUUAAUAGAUUCCAUGAGGUAGCCCUUGACCUAGCUGCUCUCAACAUUCAAAGAGGCCGAGACCACGGUCUACCAUCAUGGACCGAAUAUCGCAAGUUCUGCAAUCUAACUGUCCCAAAAACUUGGUCCGAUAUGAAAAACAUUGUUCAAAACGAUACAGUCAUUUCAAAACUGCAAUCCCUCUACGGUGUCACAGAGAACAUUGAUCUUUGGGUUGGAGGUGUUACUGAAAAGAGAACUGCUGACGCGUUGAUGGGACCAACACUUGCGUGUAUAAUUGCUGAUCAAUUCAAACGCCUGAGAGAUGGGGAUAGAUUUUGGUAUGAGAAUGAAGAAAUGUUCUCAAAGGCUCAACUUCGACAAAUCAAGAAAGUUACAUUGUCAAAGAUCAUAUGCACAAACGGUGACGACAUUGACCGAAUUCAGAGAGAUAUUUUCGUAUAUCACGGUAACAGCACACAAUUCUAUGAGCCCUGUGAGUCAUUACCGGAAAUCAACUUGAACAUGUGGACAACAUGUUGCGAUGCAAUGUGCUCAUCAAGCUCAACGUUGGCUCGCAAUGCAAUUGGUGGCGAUGAAAAAGCUAAACGGCGGAAGAGACGACAUCACCACUCAAAGAAAAGCUGUCACGAUAAAGGAAAAAGACGGAAGAGUGGAGACAGAUGGAAUCAUUCCAAUGAUAUCUGUGUUGAAUGCAUGUGCCAUGACGGCGAAGUUUGGUGCAAAACCAACAAUUUCUGCAAAUCUCAAGUCUGACCAAUGAGGCUCUCUAGCAACAACAAUCUCAUGUUAAAUUAAUGUAAUGUAAUAUUCAAUUAAUGUUUUUUGUUAAACAAAAAUAAAGUGUGCAGUGCUUACCGGAAA